AUGCAGUCCAAGAUCGUCCUCGUCUCCCUCCUGGCUUCGGCCGUCUCUGCCCAGGGCAACUUCAUGGCCCACCCCCAGAUGAAGCGCGACCUCCUCGCCCCCCGUGCCACCGACUCUGUCGCCGGCCUCGAUAAGGAGUGCCAGGAGGCCAUCAUGGAGGUCUACAAGACCCUCCCCACUCCCGCCCCCGAGAUCGUCAAGGACCUCACCGAGCACCCCCAGACCAACCCCUGCUCCUUCAGCACUCCCGCCUCUCUCUCCAAGGAGUACGCCAGCUACAGCUCCGAGGUUCUCGGCUGGUACUCCAAGAACGAGGCCGAGAUCAAGUCGGCCCUCGAGGAGUGCCCUGCCCUCUCCAAGUACGCCAACGCCGUCCCCAUCUGCUCCGAUGCCGCCGCCGCUGGUGGUGACAAGACCAAGGCCGCCGAGGCCACCAAGACUGCUGAGGAGACCGAGGCUGAGACUGCUGCCACCGAGUCUGGUGCUUCCAAGCCCAGCGGCUCUGCUUCUGCCGAGUCUGCCAGCGAUGCUGCUGCUACUCCCACCACUUCCUCCCCCGCCCAGGCCACCAACGGUGCUGCCCGCGAGGGUGGCAUGAUCUACGCUGCCGCCGCUGUUGCCGGUAUCGUCGUUGCUGCUCUGUAA